CAAUUCUCUGUUUUCAAAAUAAUUCCGAAAAUGCCAGGUGCUUUUUCAGAAAUAAUCGACGAUAUUGAAGAUUUAAUAUCUUCGCAGGACAUUACUCCCAAGGAAAGAUAUGCAAGCAGGAAAACUGUUAGCGUACGAUCAAAAAAGAAGGAAAUUAAAGACUUGGAACCCGUAGAAAAAGUGUUUUUAGAGAGCGUAGUACCAGGAACGCAAACAAUCUAUGUAAAGACAUGGGGCUGUGCUCACAAUAACUCUGACUCGGAGUACAUGGCCGGGCUGCUGGCUGCUCAGGGCUACAAGCUUACGGAGGACAAGUGGGAGGCUCAGCUUUGGCUACUCAACUCUUGUACCGUGAAGAGCCCUGCAGAAGACCAUUUUAAAAAUGAGAUAGAGCUCUGUCAAAGCCGCGGCAUCCACGUGGUGGUGGCUGGCUGCGUGCCGCAGGGGGCUCCGCGUGCCACAUACUUGCAAGGCCUCAGCGUGGUCGGUGUGCAGCAGAUAGACAGGAUUGUUGAGAUAGUCGAAGAAACGUUGAAAGGCCACACAGUCCGACUGUUCGGUCAGAAGAAGACAGAUGGCGGUAGAAAAGCCGGCGGUGCAUCCCUCCUCCUUCCUAAAGUACGCAAGAACCCCCUCAUUGAGAUCAUACCCAUAAACACGGGCUGCUUGAACCAGUGCACGUACUGUAAGACGAAACACGCAAGGGGUGAAUUGGGGAGCUAUCCCCCCGAGGAGAUUGUCGAGAGGGCACGGCAAUCGUUUAAAGAGGGAGUAUGUGAGAUAUGGCUGACUAGUGAAGACACUGGCACGUAUGGUCGUGAUAUAGGCACAACCCUCCCGGCACUGCUGUGGCAGUUGGUGGAGGUGAUACCCGAGGGUUGCCGGCUGCGGCUCGGCAUGACCAACCCCCCCUACAUCCUGGAGCACCUCGCAGAGGUUGCCAAGAUAAUGCACCACCCAAGAGUUUAUAAGUUCCUCCACGUGCCUGUACAGUCCGGCAGCGACGCAGUGCUGUCCGAUAUGAAGAGGGAAUACACCCGGUCGGACUUCGAGCGAGUGGUGGACUUUCUCAGAAAAGAGGUGCCCGGUAUGACGAUAGCUACCGACAUAAUCUGCGGCUUCCCGACGGAAACCGAAGCCAACUUCGAGGACACGAUGUCUCUGUGCAGGAAGUACAAGUUCCCGUCGCUCUUCAUCAACCAGUUCUUCCCGAGGCCCGGGACACCCGCCGCUAAAAUGCAAAAAGUACCAGGGCAAGAGGUCAAAAAGCGUACGAAAGAACUGUCAGAGUUCUUCCGCUCCUACGAGCCGUACGGCCACAAGGUUGGCGAGGUCCAGGAGGUGUUGGUGACGGAUGUGUCGCACGACAAGAACUUCUACGUGGCGCACAACCAGUUCUACGAGCAGGUGCUGGUGCCCAAGGAGACCAGCUACAUGGGCAAGAUGCUGACGGUUCGGAUCACCAGCGCCGGCAAGUUCUCCAUGAUGGGACAGCCCAUGGACAAACCGAAGAUGCCAGGACUGGCACAGCCGCUGAAGAAGGGCGAAGUCUCGGGGCUGUUGCAAGCGGAAACCAAGAGGGUGGUGCCUGUACCGAUUUUGAUGUUACUAUUAGCCGUAGUUGUAAGAUUGUUAUGGAUAUUUUUAUAGUCGUAUUUUUAAUAUAGGUAUUUAUGUAAGUUUUAAU